UGCCUGUGGGAUUUAAGGCUGAGAGCAGAAGUCGCUGAAGAGCUUCCAACAUUUGUCAGCAAUGCAGUAGACCAAACCAGCGACUCUUAUGGGACAGAGAGACCCCUGUAAGAAAGAGAGAGACUUUUUUCUUUUCACUUUUUUUUUGAAGUACGAACAAAUAGAGAGUAAUGAGGUUUUGCUAUAUAUAGCUCUUUACAGAUCCUCUUUACAGGGCCUGGAUAAAUUUUAGUCAGCUAUCAAAAGUACUAAACAACAGGAAGGUUUUAAUGUUGUAGUAACCACUGUUUUGUUUUGGUAUCUUUUUGGUCUCGUUAUCAUUUUUUCCUCUCUGUGUGUAUGUGUGUGUGUGAGAGAGAGAGAGAGUGGUGCGUGUUUGUUGGCUGGUCAUGGCAGCUGUUGGAGGACAUAACAAAGCUGCUCAUAGUAGUACUCUUCCUUGGUACAGGUCUGUUCCUCUCCAUGCUCUCUCAUUUGGGGAGGGUUCGAAGGAGUAUUGCUUACUAUCAGAGAGAAAUCUGCAUGCAAAAGUUUCAGUGAAACCUAAGAAACACAGUCCAGUGAUUUCUUCCUCUGCUUCUUCCGUUGACUUGAGAGCUUCAGACAUGGAAAGAGAGAGACAAGAUGGAUCAUCUCCUAGAGGAGUUAUAGAAGCUUGCUUAACAGGCUUGGAAUCCAACUCAGAUUUUACUAGAAACAGCACUGCAGAAUCAGAAGUUCCUCGUUCGAAGGCACAUUCGAACUGGAGUAGAUUCUUCAAGUCAUGGAAAAGAUUUUCGCUAAAACACUUGACUUCACCUCCUCCAGUGCCCAAGGAACCAAAACGUAAGAGCAGGAGUACAAGAGAGAACACAGUUCUGAGAAAUUUAUACAACUUCAAGUCAACCUUGCAGCAUUUCACUUUUGCGGAGCUCAAAAUGGCAACAAACAAUUUUAACCACGAGAAUUUAAUUGGAAAAGGUGGUUUUGCUGAGGUUUACAAAGGUUGUUUGCCUGAUGGAAGGCUGGUAGCCAUAAAGCAGCUGACAAAAGGAACUCUUGAUGAGAAGACUGCUGGCUUUCUAAAUGAGCUAGGCAUUAUAGCUCAUGUUGACCAUCCUAAUACUGCUAAGCUGCUUGGGUGUGGCAUUGAUGGGGGAAUGCACCUUGUUUUUGAAUUGUCUCCAUUAGGGAGUUUAGGAUCUGCUCUUCAUGGUUCACAAGUCGAGCUUGAUUGGAGUAAAAGGUACAAAAUUGCUCUUGGGGCAGCAGAUGGACUGCUGUAUCUUCAUGAGAAUUGCCGAAGGCGAAUCAUCCAUAGAGAUAUAAAGGCUGAUAAUAUUCUUCUUACAAAGAAUUUUGAGCCUCAGAUUUGUGAUUUCGGACUAGCAAAGUGGCUACCAACACAGUGGACUCACCAUAAUGUAUCCAAAUUUGAAGGCACAUUCGGCUACUUUGCACCCGAAUACUAUAUGCAUGGCAUAGUCGAUGAAAAAACCGAUAUCUAUGCAUUUGGGGUAUUACUUUUGGAGCUCAUAACAGGGCGUCGACCUGUGGAUCGUUUACAACAAAGCCUUGUGGUUUGGGCAAAGCCUUUGCUGGAUAACAACGAUACUAAGGAGCUUGCUGACCCUUCUCUUGGUGACAACUAUGAUCUAGAAGAGAUGGAUCGUGUGGUUUUGACCGCCUCUUUGUGCAUUGAGCAGUCUCCAGUCCUACGCCCUCGAAUGAGUCAGGUUGUGAUCCUACUAAGAGGUGAUGAAUAUGUCUCUGAGCGUGCCAAAAAAGGUAAAGGUCGUGCUCUCCUAAGAACUUACUCAGAAGAAAUCUUCGACGCUCAAGAUUACAACUCAACUAGGUAUCUCAACGAUCUCAAACGAUACAAAGAGCUUGCUUUGGGUUCUUGAAAGCAGUGAACAUUGAAUACCAUAUUUAAGAAGAAAGAACAUUAGGAGUGAAACUUCAAACAUAGAAAACAACCCUAGGUGUAAUAAUAGGUUUUACAGUUUCAAAGGGUGUUUAAAAAUAUCCUGCAGCGGAGAUAAAUCAUUUGCCAUCUUGUUUUCAUGGAAUUUGAACGCACCUGUCAAUCCUUCGGUAGAAUUUCAAAUUCCAUGUAAAACACCAUGAAAUGAGAUUGUUUCCGGAAGUUCUAAACAUCCUUACUAUGUUUUUUUUCAUUUCCAUGUACAUAUAAGGUUGUUUUCUUUCAGACUAGAGACCUUACCUUGUAUGGAAGAUAAUUUUACUUCAUAUAAAACAAAGUUAUAGAAAUCAUUUUCAGCUA